AUGGGAGCGUACUUGUCAGCACCUAAAACGAAUAAGGAGUCCCUGGACGGAGGAAACUUAGAGCUAGACCCAAGCAGAUAUGGACUGUCGUGCAUGCAAGGAUGGAGGAAGAACAUGGAAGAUAGUCACAUUUGCUACAACAAUCUGAAACUGAACGAAAUAGAGGAGGAUGUAUCCAUUUAUGGUGUUUUCGAUGGACAUGGAGGACCAAAUGUAUCAAAAUGGAUUUCGUAUAAUUUCCGAAGGAUCUUUUUAAGGUGCAUAAAAGAAGCUAGUGAAGAAUUAACAAAGAAGAAUCUGAACAAGUCUAAACAUUAUAAAUUGAAACUAAUAAAAUUAACCCUUGAAAAAACCUUUUUAAAAUUAGAUGAAGAAAUGCUGCUCACGGAGAAUCAAGAAAAAUUAAAAAAAUAUAGCGUACCAACACAAGAAAAUGAAGAGGAAUCGGACACUAGGGAGAAUUAUUUGUAUUCCAUUUUGAACGACAUAAUAUCGAAAAAUAUCAGCAUCAAAGCUAUAGAGAAAGAUGGGAAGAGGUGUUUACAGGUUGUUUAUAAUAAGGACGGAAAUCCAGUAGAAGAGGGCAGUGCAGAAUCAUCCACCACGCUAACCGAUGAGGAAAAUAACAAAUCACUGGAUUUGUUAGGCGACACGGAUAGUUUAGUUAAGAACGAGGAGGACAAGAACGAAAACGAAGAUGGUGAUGAAGGUGGGCAAAAGGAAACAGAAGAAGAGAAGGGAGCGAAUAAAGUUGCCCUGAAGGAGAGCUGCAAAGACGAUGGAAGCACGCAAGAUGGGAACAGUAAAAUUUUAAAGAAAGACGACGAAAUUUCGGAGAGUUUAACCGCCAAGGGUGAAGAAGAAAAAGGUGCUAUCAAGGGGGAAGUAGAAAAGUGCAAAAAGGACGAAAAAACAGAAGACGAUAAGGAGAAAAAUAGUACAUGUAAGAUAGAAAAAACAAAUGAAGAGGAGAAAAAUAAGGAAGCAUAUGUGACUGGGGGUAAAUGUGAGAUGGACACAAAUAAGGCAAUAUCAAAUUCAAGUGGCAGCGAAAAUAAUGGCAAGGUGAAAGACGAAGAUGGUAAGGAAAAUGUGGAUGGAUAUGCCAAGGACGGCGAAAGCGCAGAAACGAAUGCGAAGAGGUUAAAGAAAGGCAUGAAUAACGAGUAUUCUAGCAACGAAAAGGAAAUGAACAAGGAGGAGGACCUCAGUGAUGUCGGUAGUGGAAGUACAUGCGAACCGGUGGUUAAAGCCGAACUGACGUAUGACAAUCUAAAAUGCAUGGAGGAAGCAGCGGCGAAGGAAGCGAAAAAUAAUGGGGCAAAUGGGAAUUUAUCUGGGUUUGACGAAAGCGCCCUGAGGUUAUAUGAAAAAGGAAGUAGUAGCAGUGAAGAAGGAUUUUCCUACGACGAGACUGUCACAAAUGUUAUAGAUAACAACAUAAGUAGUAACAACGACACGAGUAACGAGGCAGACGAUUGCAAUGGAUUAUACUCGUCUGAUGAAUUACGCCUAUUUGAAAAUUACUAUUCAAAUGAUUAUGAGGAUAACAUAGCUUAUAGUUGCGGGUCGACAGCACUAGUAGCAGUUAUCCUUAAGGGGUACCUUAUAGUUGCCAAUGCAGGAGAUUCUAGAGCCAUCGUUUGUUUUAAUGGAAACUCGUUAGGUAUGUCUACUGACCAUAAGCCUCAUUUGCAGGAAGAAGAAGCCCGCAUUAAAAAGGCAGGAGGAUAUAUUUCCAAUGGAAGGGUAGAUGGAAAUUUAAAUUUGACAAGAGCUAUUGGUGAUUUGCACUAUAAAAGGGAUCCAUUUUUACCUCAGAAGGAUCAGAAAAUUUCUGCAUUUCCGGAAGUUACUUGUGUUACAUUAACUCCAGAAGAUGAAUUUUUAUUUCUUGCUUGUGAUGGUAUAUGGGAUUGUAAGGAUGGACAAGACGUGGUCGGGUUCGUUAAGACCAGACUUGAAAAGUUCGAAGAACCAACAAGUGACGAAGCUGUAAUUGACAGUACAGACAACAGUAAUGAAAAUGCCACAACGACUAUUACGACUAAUGAAAAUAUCGUUAACAGUAUGGGUAAUGACGAAAAGGAGAAAUCGAAAGAGUUAGAACAAAGUGCAGAAAGCAAGGAGAAGACAAAUGUACAAGGAGGGGUAGUGGACUCACCGAUAGGUAAGAAGAACAACAACAAAAUAUCUCCCAAGGGAACGAAUAAUAACGAUGAGGGUGUUGAAAAUGGUAGUGAGAAAGAAAGCAAAGAGGAACAAAGAGAACUUUCUGAAGAUGCUCAGGGGGAGGAUGACUUGGAUGAAGAAGAUGACGACAACGAUGGAUUAGAAAUGGAUAGGUAUGAUGAGGAUGACACCAAAUUUGAUUCCGCACCAGUUAUUGUCAGGAAAAAAUUCGAAAAAUUUAAUAAGCUCUCUCAGAUUUGUGAAGAGCUGUGUGAUGAGUGCUUGUCCAACAAUUACAAGGAGAACGAUGGAAUUGGAUGCGAUAACAUGACAUGCCUGAUCGUUCAGUACAAUCCUGUUUAUAAAAUACACACAGAGAAGAAGUUUUUAAAUAUAGACGAUAUUGAGUGA